CAUCAGGCAUCCGUCCGCUGGGCACCGUCUUUCUCGGUUGCAGUUGCGAACCAGUUUCUGGGGCCAGCUGGCAACUGAGGAUGAUUAUGGCCGAUACCAUUGACAGUGAUAAGUUUUGAUUCCUAUCUAUCUCUGUUCCGUGCUUCUAGAGCGGGUGGGUGUCUGGAGGGGCAAUCAGAACUGAGCUCCCGAUCGCCCGGUGGAGAAGGCAGCAGAGCUCAGCGGGCUCCUCUCGUUGCCGUUUGUUUGUGUUACUGUUAUUACUGCUCUUGGAGAGCCCGCGGAGCGAGCCGAGAGCCCGCUGCCCUCCUCGCCCUCCGCCUUUUGCAGCCCGGGAAGCCCGGAAGACCCCCGUCUCCCCCAGCCGUCGCCGCCACCAUGCUCGACCCUUCGUCCAGCGAGGAGGAAUCCGAUGAGAUCGUGGAAGAGGAGAGUAGCAAGGAGGUGCUGGCCCCGGCUGCCUCCGGGGCGCGCCUCUCGCCCAGCCGGACCAGCGAUGGCUCGGCGGGUGGCGGGGUCGGGGCCGGGGGAGGCGGCGGGGCUGGGGCAGGAGGAGGCGGCGGGAGCGGAGGGGGCAGCGGCAGUGCCGGGGCCGGGGCCGGGGGGCUGCAGCCCAGUAGCCGGGGAGGUGGCGGCGGCGGCCGGCCCUCCAGCCCCAGUCCCUCGGUGGUCAGCGAGAAGGAGAAGGAAGAGCUGGAGCGGCUGCAGAAGGAGGAGGAGGAGAGGAAGAGAAAACUGCAGCUCUAUGUCUUCGUGAUGCGUUGCAUCGCCUACCCCUUCAAUGCCAAGCAGCCCACCGACAUGGCCCGCAGGCAACAGAAGAUAAGCAAACAGCAACUACAAACAGUGAAGGAUCGUUUCCAAGCAUUUCUCAACGGAGAGACCCAGAUUGUGGCCGAUGAAGCAUUUAUGAAUGCUGUCCAGAGUUACUAUGAGGUGUUUCUGAAAAGUGACCGUGUGGCCCGGAUGGUGCAGAGUGGAGGAUGCUCUGCCAAUGACUCCCGAGAAGUGUUCAAGAAGCACAUUGAGAAGAGAGUGCGCAGCCUGCCAGAGAUAGAUGGUCUCAGCAAGGAGACAGUGCUAAGCUCUUGGAUGGCCAAGUUUGAUGCCAUUUACCGAGGAGAGGAGGACCCACGAAAGCAGCAGGCCAGGAUGACAGCAAGUGCUGCCUCUGAACUGAUCCUGAGCAAAGAGCAACUCUACGAGAUGUUUCAGAACAUCCUGGGGAUCAAGAAAUUUGAACAUCAGCUCUUAUACAAUGCCUGUCAGCUGGACAAUCCAGAUGAACAAGCUGCCCAGAUCAGACGUGAGCUGGAUGGGCGUCUCCAAAUGGCGGACCAAAUAGCCAGGGAGCGCAAGUUUCCAAAGUUUGUAUCCAAAGAAAUGGAAACCAUGUACAUUGAAGAAUUAAAGUCAUCUGUCAACCUGCUAAUGGCAAACCUGGAGAGUAUGCCAGUGUCCAAAGGAGGAGAGUUCAAGUUACAAAAGCUAAAACGGAGCCAUAAUACCUCCAUCAUUGAUAUGGGAGAGGAGAAUGAAAACCAGCUGUCAAAGUCCGAUGUUGUACUGUCUUUCUCCUUGGAGGUUGUGAUCAUGGAAGUACAAGGCCUAAAAUCCUUGGCACCUAAUCGCAUAGUCUAUUGCACCAUGGAAGUGGAAGGAGGGGAAAAACUGCAGACUGAUCAGGCUGAAGCUUCCAAACCAACCUGGGGAACUCAAGGCGACUUCUCCACAACGCAUGCUCUACCCGCGGUGAAGGUGAAGCUCUUCACAGAGAGCACGGGUGUUCUGGCUUUGGAAGACAAAGAACUUGGGCGGGUUGUUCUCCGGCCCACACCCAAUAGCCCCAAACAGUCAGAGUGGCAUAAAAUGGCAGUUUCUAAAAACUGCCCUGAUCAAGAUCUGAAAAUAAAACUUGCAGUCCGAAUGGAUAAACCUCAAAAUAUGAAACAUUCAGGGUACUUAUGGGCCAUUGGUAAAAAUGUUUGGAAGAGAUGGAAGAAAAGAUUCUUUGUAUUGGUGCAGGUGAGUCAGUACACAUUUGCAAUGUGCAGUUACCGGGAGAAAAAGGCCGAACCUCAGGAGCUUCUGCAGCUUGAUGGAUAUACUGUGGAUUACACUGACCCACAGCCAGGUUUGGAGGGUGGCAGAGCCUUCUUCAAUGCAGUAAAAGAAGGUGAUACAGUGAUAUUUGCAAGUGAUGAUGAGCAGGAUCGCAUCCUGUGGGUCCAAGCUAUGUAUCGGGCCACUGGCCAAUCACACAAACCUGUGCCACCAACACAAGUUCAAAAGCUAAAUGCUAAAGGAGGAAAUGUGCCUCAACUAGAUGCUCCAAUCUCACAAUUUUAUGCAGAUAGAGCUCAAAAACAUGGCAUGGAUGAAUUUAUCUCUUCCAAUCCCUGUAACUUUGACCACGCUUCCCUCUUUGAGAUGGUGCAGCGCCUUACAUUGGACCACAGGCUUAAUGAUUCAUAUUCUUGCCUGGGCUGGUUCAGUCCUGGACAGGUAUUUGUGCUAGAUGAAUACUGUGCCCGUAAUGGAGUCAGAGGAUGUCACAGACAUCUCUGUUAUCUCAGCGAUUUACUUGAACGUGCAGAGAAUGGCGCGAUGAUUGACCCCACCUUGCUUCACUACAGUUUUGCAUUUUGUGCAUCACACGUCCAUGGUAACAGGCCUGAUGGAAUAGGAACUGUAACCAUUGAAGAAAAGGAACGUUUUGAAGAAAUCAAAGAGAGACUUCGGGUGCUGCUGGAGAAUCAGAUUACACAUUUUAGGUAUUGCUUUCCAUUUGGCCGACCUGAAGGUGCUUUGAAAGCUACUCUCUCUCUUUUGGAAAGGGUCUUGAUGAAAGACAUUGUAACUCCAGUACCACAAGAAGAGGUAAAAGCAGUGAUCCGUAAAUGUUUGGAGCAGGCAGCGUUAGUCAACUAUACUCGUCUAUCAGAGUAUGCCAAAAUUGAAGGGAAAAAGAGAGAAAUGUAUGAGCAUCCUGUCUUCUGCUUGGCCUCUCAAGUGAUGGAUUUAACCAUUCAGAAUCAAAAGGAUGCAGAAAAUGUAGGCCGCUUAAUCACUCCUGCCAAAAAGCUAGAAGAUACAAUACGUCUUGCAGAAUUGGUCAUUGAAGUUCUACAGCAAAAUGAAGAGCAUCAUGCAGAGGGGAAAGAGGCCUUUGCAUGGUGGUCAGACUUAAUGGUGGAACAUGCCGAAACAUUCCUGUCAUUGUUUGCUGUGGAUAUGGAUGCGGCAUUGGAGGUGCAACCCCCAGACUCAUGGGACAGCUUUCCACUAUUUCAGCUCCUAAACGAUUUCCUUCGCAGUGAUUAUAACUUAUGCAAUGGAAAAUUUCACAAACACCUUCAAGACCUGUUUGCUCCACUUGUUGUUAGAUAUGUCGAUCUGAUGGAGUCCUCAAUUGCACAGUCAAUUCACAGGGGCUUUGAGCGGGAGUCGUGGGAGCCAGUAAAGAGUUUAACAAGUAAUCUGCCCAAUGUGAAUCUACCAAAUGUGAACCUCCCUAAAGUACCAAACCUACCAGUUAACAUCCCUCUAGGCAUCCCACAAAUGCCUACUUUUUCUGCACCGUCAUGGAUGGCUGCUAUAUAUGAUUCUGAUAAUGGAUCAGGGAGUUCGGAAGAUCUUUUCUGGAAACUCGAUGCCCUACAAACUUUCAUUAGAGAUUUGCAUUGGCCUGAGGAAGAGUUUGGAAAGCACCUGGAACAACGCCUGAAACUAAUGGCAAGUGAUAUGAUUGAAUCUUGUGUUAAAAGAACCAGGAUUGCAUUUGAAAUAAAGCUGCAAAAAACCAGUCGAUCAACAGAUUUCCGAGUCCCACAGUCAAUAUGCACCAUGUUUAAUGUUAUGGUUGAUGCCAAAGCUCAAUCAACAAAACUUUGCAGUAUGGAAAUGGGCCAAGAGCAUCAGUAUCAUUCAAAAAUUGAUGAAUUAAUUGAAGAAACUGUUAAAGAAAUGAUAACACUCUUGGUGGCAAAGUUUGUCACGAUCCUGGAAGGAGUACUGGCAAAAUUAUCCAGAUAUGAUGAAGGAACUUUGUUUUCUUCUUUUCUAUCAUUUACUGUGAAGGCAGCUUCCAAAUAUGUUGAUGUACCCAAGCCUGGGAUGGAUGUUGCUGAUGCCUAUGUGACUUUUGUUCGCCACUCUCAGGAUGUCCUGCGUGAAAAGGUCAAUGAGGAGAUGUAUAUAGAAAGGUUAUUUGAUCAAUGGUACAACAGCUCCAUGAACGUGAUAUGCACCUGGUUGACAGACCGAAUGGAUUUGCAACUUCACAUUUAUCAACUGAAAACUCUUAUUAGGAUGGUAAAGAAAACCUAUAGGGAUUUCCGAUUGCAAGGAGUACUGGACUCUACCUUAAACAGUAAAACCUACGAAACAAUCCGAAACCGACUUACUGUAGAGGAAGCAACGGCUUCCGUGAGUGAAGGUGGAGGCCUCCAAGGCAUCACAAUGAAAGACAGUGAUGAAGAAGAUGAAGAAGAUGACUAGAUUAUUGAUCCUAGAGGUUUCACUUGGAUGUAGCCCUGUAACCAAUGCAUGUCCCUAGUCUGUUAUUCCGUUAGCCACAUUAGAGAAUUUUCUGUCAACUCCAAAUGCCCAUGAGAAGUUUACAAAUAAGAUUGCCAUUUUAGUUGUGCAGUAACAAGAUUAGCACCUACCUUUGAUUCACUGGUUUCCUAAUUUCAUAUCUGUAUGUCCACAAGCAAUAUGGAGCACCAUUGUUUAAAUACUGUUUAUCGAGAAUUCAUGGUAGAUGUAUCCCUGUUAUAAGCAAAGUUAAAUGAUGCUUCAUUAAUGUACUGUAUACAUUGAUGGUAAAUUGUUGUGAAGAUGAGUGCAUCAAAGUACUUUCAUUUCCUUGUUUCUCUUAUGUGGAUGCCAACUGCUUAAAAGAAAAAACAAACAGAAAAAAGCAAUUAGCUUUGUUUUAAAAGAAAAGUGAGGGUACUACAACUGAGUUCUUGUUCUUUCCAGCCCCUGAAAAAUUGACGCUUGGUCACCCUGGGUUGUCAAUCAUACACUUUUGAUCAUACAGUUGACUUCAUAGGGUCUCAUACCAACGAAUUAAUCAUUCUAUUGCCACAAUAGGAUACUACAUCAUGACAAAGCAGGCAAACACAUAAAUUUAGAGCAGUUGUUUUUUUGACAUUCACCUAAGUGUUGCAUUUUGCUUUAGGACUUAAUACCUGCAUAUGUACAAAAUAGUAAAUUGAUGAUUAUUAGACUAUAAAAUGUGUUUAUAAUAUGAAUAUUUAUUUCAGUAGAUUGUAACCAUAAUUUAAAUUACUUUGUUUCACAAUGGUUUUUAUAUAUGUCAUGUAUAUUGCAUUUUGACCAGUAACUGCAUGCCCCUGGAGUCUCCUCCAGAAGCUUUUACUUUCUGUGUAAAGUAGUGGAUCCAUCUUGCUUUGGCCUUAUAUAAGCCUACAGUUGUAAAAGUGUGCAAGACUGUGGCUUCUCAAUAAACAACUAUUCAUAUGUCCUA